CAUAGUCCAAUCAUUUCACGUAAGAGGUCUGUCUCUUAUCCGCCGUCACUUUGCCGUCAAUUUUGUCGUUUCUCGUCCGGGCACUUUUUAGCAUUCGCGGUGGGCGCCUAGUCAGCUAAAUGUGCGGUUUUUACUUGCAUUAAAUCGUCGGCGUGUCGUGUAAACAAAUCCCAAUCGGAAUCGGUCAUUAAGAAAAUUCGAGUUAUCCCCAUCAAAAUGAGUCUCUUCGAUAGAAGACGUUCGACAUUUUUCACUUUAUUUAUGAUCUUCUAUGUUUUCUACAACCCCACAGACAGCGGGGCCGUGCAGCUAAACAGCCAGAAUUUGGAUAUGACAUUAGCAUCUAAUGAAUUAGUUUUCAUAAAUUUCUAUGCGGAAUGGUGCCGAUUCAGUAAUUUACUCCAACCUAUUUUCGAUGGUGCUGCAGAUAAGGUUAAAGAACUAUUCCCUGAAGCCGGAAAAGUUGUAAUGGGUAAGGUCGAUUGCGAUCACGAAUCAUCGAUAGCCGCAAGAUAUCAUAUCACAAAAUAUCCCACACUGAAAAUCAUACGAAAUGGUCAACCUACUAAACGUGAAUACCGUGGACAACGAUCAACAGAAGCUUUUGUAGAAUUCGUUAAAAAGCAGUUGGAAGAUCCAAUCAAAGAAUUCCAAUCGCUGAAAGAUCUUCAGAAUUUGGAUACAAAGAAGCGUAUUAUAAUCGGCUACUUCGAUCGUCGAGACCAGCCUGAAUAUUCAAUGUUCAGACGAGUUGCAACAAAUCUGAAAGAAGAUUGCCAAUUCCACGUAGGCUUUGGUGAAGCGUCGCAAGCAAUGCAUCCUCCAGGUGACACAAAUGGUUUGUCUGAGAAUGAUACAAAAAAGCAAACGAUUUAUGGUGUUCUAAUUUCAGGUCAACCAAUCAUCGUCUUUCGCCCAGAUGUAGCUGUAUCUCAUGAAAAUGAUGAAACAUAUCAAGGCACCCUCACAAACUUUGAUGAGCUCAAUGUCUGGGUUCAACAAAAAUGCGUACCACUUGUCCGCGAAAUAACAUUUGAAAAUGCUGAGGAAUUAACUGAAGAAGGAUUACCGUUCUUGAUUUUAUUCCACAAUCCAAAGGAUCUAGAUUCGAUUAAAGACUUCAAGGCGAUUAUCGAAAAAGAAUUGCUUUCGGAAAAACAAAAUGUUAACUUUUUGACCGCGGACGGUGAACGCUUUGCACAUCCUCUACAUCAUUUGGGCAAAUCGGCAGGCGACCUUCCAUUGAUUGCAAUCGACUCUUUCCGGCACAUGUACUUAUUCCCGAAAUUCAAGGAUAUGUAUACACCAGGGAAGUUGAAGCAAUUUUUAGAAGAUUUAUAUAGUGGCAAAUUACAUAGGGAGUACCAUUAUGGACCGGAUACACCUUCUGAGCCCGUUGUUUCGAAUGAUAUCCAAGCACCAGUACAAGUUACAAAACCACCUGAAUCAACAUUUAAGAAAUUGGCACCAUCGAAAAAUCGUUACACAUUGCUGCGAGACGAAUUAUAAUUGAUUUGUUGAAAUGAUGUAUUGUUGUUUCUUUUAAUAUUUUUUUUUAUUUUUUCGUUCUUAGUUCAAUUUUUCAAGGGUAACAAAUUUUCGAUGAAUUCACUUUUUUGUAAAGAGUAAAAUGAAACCAUAAAAGCAUAAAAGUGUCAACCCCCGCUUAUUUUGUCAACAUUGAACUUAAAGAUAAAUUAAAAAAUUGCUAAAAUUGGAUUUGAACGAGUGAAAGUAUCUCAAAUUGCUUUCACCAACCGUAUAACUUGAAAUUUUGCAUGAUUAUAUGCAACAUUCACUAUAUCCUAUGUAUUGUUUGAUAGCUCGCUACUUCCAAAAAUUGGUAUUGGAAUGAAUACAUUGUGUUAAUACUCCAAAUUGCAUUCCAAACAUUUUGAUACAACCCAUGGUCCCAUUAAAUUUUUACAAGGUUUUGUACAUUUGGAAUUCACAUUUUAUAUGCUAGGUAUUUAAAUCGUCCAUAGACCACGUAAAAUGUACAGCAGGGAACCCUUAUUUUAAGUAUUAACUAAAUUUCUAAUUCCUUCCCAGUUUCACGCUUAGUGCACAUUUUUUACCAAGAACAUGAUCACAAAAUACCCGGUUAAUUAGUAGUUUAAUUUCCACCCGAUUCAGUAAAGGGAGAAUAAAAGCUUUUUUUGAAACUCGCACUUUACUUCUAUCCUUUGUGCACCUUUUUCUAUCUAAGUUGUUUGUUUCGUUACAACGGAAACUUACUUAAAGAUCUAAAAACACAAUUACAUAUGUCGACAAAUUAGAACAUUUGCUUUAGAGAAAAGUAAAAUGAAGCGAUAAUUAUUGAUAAUUAUAAAUAUGGAACUUAUUUCUUAGUCAUAAAAAUGAAUGAUUGUAAUAUAUUGUAAAGUGCUUUUUUCUUCAAUUAGAAAUAUAUACUCUUAAGAAUUAUUAA